AGCACUCACACAGCUGACUAGGUACACAAACGUUUUGACAACUCACAGUGGUUCACCACCAAGGGUGAGUGAAGGUACAGACUCAUGUCAGUCUUGUGGAAGCACUUUGUUCUUCGAUGGUGCAAGACACAUACCAUACCCACCGACGCUUAUCGCUGAUUGACUGACUAUGACCUAAGUAACCUGUAUGUUGUCAAACAGUAAAACGAUAUCGUCUGUAUUCUCGAGACCGGAAAAUCUUUCACUUGGUGACAGGUCUGCACCACCACUGCCACUAUGCCCCUCCUUCAGGGCUUUCUUGAGAAUGUCAUUGGUGGCAAAGUUAGAUAGAAAUGACGAAAUCAAACAGUUGUGCUCAACCCCACUAUUGGUUUCGAACGAUGUAGAGAAGUGGGUGUACGCCUUCAGUCAACCUGAAUUGUUAAGGUGUAUGGUUUUUAGUAUGUCAACGAACGUCUCACAAGCACCCUGUUUAACAGAGACUUCUAGAAUACAGCUGUGUUCAAUAAAUCGAAGGUAGACUUUAUAUCGAGAAAUGCA